GUCACAGAUUUCCUUGGCUUGGCGAGCAGCGUGAGCGCACUUAGGCUGGAAGGGGCGGGUGCGCCCGUGGGGGAGAUCCGGGUUCUGUGCACGAGCAUGACGUGUACAGUCGAAUCAAAACAUAGCAGGUGCCGCACAGUGGAGGCUCCUGGCUGGAUCGUGCACGGAGGUGAGGGGUCCUGGUACACUGACACUCCUGAUCUCUGUAGAUAUAUGAACAGUGAACAUGGCGGAGGGCAAUUUUGAUCCCUGUGAAUGUAUCUGCUCCCAUAACUAUGCAAUGCGAAGACUGAUUUAUCUGCUCAGGCAGUCUCAGUCUUACUGCACAGACACAGAAUGCCUUCAAGAAUUGCCUGGACCCAAUCCUUCUUCUAAUGAUGGUGGCUUUAACAUCGCCAUGAUUGUCAUGGCCUGGCUGGUCAUUGGCUUUACUCUAUACCUGCUUAGACCCAGGAGUCUCCGAGGAGCCAGGGCAUCUGGAAAGCCAACUAGCCCACAUAACGAUCCUAGAAAUGAACCUCCAGCCCCUCCAGUAGACUAGCACCUCCAGGGGCUUCCAAACUGCAACAGUUUUGCACGACCAAAUGAAACCA